GUCCCCGAGCUGGGACUCGUGGGAACCGGAGAGGCGCGGGUCUGCGGAGAGAGCAGCACCGGCCAACUUGGGAGGCUGCUUCCCGGGGCGAGGGGCGGCUUGGAGCCGCCGAUCAAGCUUUAUUCCGCGGAAACGCUGAAAGCUAGCAGUGCCUCAGGGGCGCGGGCAACUUUUCACUUUUAUGGGGCACGGGCAACUUUUCGCUUUUAUGGGGCACGACAUUCCUGAACAGCGACGAUCCUGCUGCAUCAGCUCUGGGGCUGCAGUUUUGGGGGGCGGCCCUCAUGGAGAGGGUUCCUGCACCCAGCUCCUUGGGGGUCCUAAGCCUGAGGCUGCAGCGAGGGGGCUGCUCGCCGGCCCGGGCGGCUUAGAUCCCGGGGGGAGUUUCAUCCCUUCCGCUCCCACCCCACCCCUUUGGAUAUCCCGGGGAGACGGGGGCUGGAUUCAAUCUGUGAAAUAUUCCGAGAGUCACGGUGUGGGCCACACUGGCUACUUCGAACCCGCGUCGAUUUAAGCUGGGGGGCGGGGAGUUAAUUUCGAGUGAGGCUGGACUUCGAGGGAAGCUGCUCACGCUUCGGAUUCUCACCCGUGACCAAAAGGGCUGCUGCCAGGGGGGCGGAACUGCCUCCGGGCGGUGCCUGCCCGGCGAACGCGGGCGCGCGCUGCCUGGGAGCGCCUCGGUGCGCACGGAAGCCCGGACCCGCGCCCAGCCGGGCCACGGAGUUUGGGGACCUCCGGGACUGGGCCGGCCCCGCGCGCCAGCCAUGUUGUCUGCGUCGGAGGAAGCGUGCGGGGAGCAGGGGUCGAGGGCCAAGAUGGCCUCUGCGCCUAGGGGUUGGGAGCGGCGCCGAGCCCCUCACGCUCCUCGGGAAGCCACCGGGCCCGAGGGAAAAGCCGCGGCAUUCUCAGGCCGGGACCCGGGGCUCGCUGGCCACACUCCCCGCUUGGGGAGUUACCCCGCGCGAGGAGGAGGCGGCGGCUUUCCAGGCCGGUCCGUGUGUGGCCCUUAGGCAACAGGUGUAUUAUUGGGAUACCUGGAAAAGAAACGUUUCCCAUGAAGGUACUUACGGUGUUUCUUGGUGAUUCUUGGUGUAAUAGAAAACUAGGCAUUCCCAAGUGUAACAAUAGUAACAAUAGUUUUUUCGCACUGUACGUAUGAGGUGGUUUUUUUUGUUUAUGUGCUUUUUGUUUGUUUGUUUUUUGUUUGUUUUUGAGACGGAGUCUGGUUCUAUCCCCCAGGCUGGAGUGCAGUGGUGUGAUCUGGGCUCACUGCAACCUCUGCCUCCUGGGUUCAAGCGAUUCUCCUGCUCAGCCUCCCAAGUAGCUGGGAUUACGGGCGCCCACUAGUAUGCACGGCUAAUUUUUGUUAUUUUUAGUAGAGACGGGGUUUUGCCAUGUUGGUCAGGCUGGUCUCUAACUCCUGACCUCAGGUGAUCCACCCGCCUUGGCCUCCCAAAGUGCUGGGAUUACAGGCGUGAGCCACCACACCCAGCCUUUAUGAAUAUUUUCUUAGAGGUUCUUUAAAAUAGACAUCUUAAGUGUGUGUGGGAGGCACAGAUAUUUCCUCAAAGCAACACAUUUUUUUUUGUCGUUUUGCAAUUUAUUUAGUUAUUAGGGGCCUCCUUUGUUAGAUGACGGAGCGGAGGAUAGGAAGAUCGGUAAGACAUGAUUCUCCACCUUUUGGCAGCUUCCAGGCCAUUUCAGGAAAUAGUGGGCAGUGCCUCCUGCACGUGCUAAAAGCAUUCUGUAUUUUCUCAUUUAAUUAUCCCAACAACUCUAAAAGGCAGGCCUUAGUAGAACUCCAUUUUAAAAGUGGGCAAAUGCCUUGGGGGAUACGUUGCAGGUGGGCUUGCUUGCAAACUACUUCAACUAAUCUGGGAAGGAAUAUCAGAAGCAGAUUUGGGGGAUUUUUCUGGAGUUUUCUACCAUUCACUAGUAUCUGUAGCCUGAUACAAGAUUUCCCGAAUUUUGCUUCAUGUCAAGGUAAAAUUAUUGUUUUCUUCUAAAGGUAAUGUUGGAAUUACUGCCUUUUCAAAAUAAUAUAUUACUUUUAACCACAUAAAUGAAAUGAUCUUUCACCUUCCCAGGAACCUCCCAGAAGGAAGUUUUCUUCAGUUGCAUUUUAAGGCUUAUUUGAUUGGAAUAUUAACGGAUCUUUUUCAUCAAAUUACUAUUUAUGGAAAUAAGAGAGUAAACAGACCAUGCAGAUUUCUGUUAGGCUUUUUGUUUUAACCCCUAGGCUUGCCGCUGUUCCGUAACCCAGUGAUUCCAGUCUUGGCUGUGGUAUGAAUCACCUAGGGAUCUUAUUAAAACACAGAUUCUGAUUCGGAGGUCAGGAAUGGGGCCUGGGAUUCUGCCUUUCUAACAGGCUCACAGAUUGGUUUAUCUUGGAAGCUAAAGGGCAUUGCUCAUCCUGAAGAUCAGCUGACCGUUGACAUCAGCCAUGUCAUCCAGGCCUCUUGAAAGUCCACCUCCUUACAGGCCUGAUGAAUUCAAACCGAAUCAUUAUGCACCAAGCAAUGACAUAUAUGGUGGAGAGAUGCAUGUUCGACCAAUGCUUUCUCAGCCAGCAUACUCUUUUUACCCCGAAGAUGAAAUUCUUCACUUCUACAAAUGGACCUCUCCUCCAGGAGUGAUUCGGAUUCUGUCUAUGCUCAUUAUUGUGAUGUGCAUUGCCAUUUUUGCCUGUGUGGCCUCCACGCUUGCCUGGGACAGAGGCUAUGGAACUUCCCUUUUAGGAGGUAGUAUAGGCUACCCUUAUGGAGGAAGUGGUUUUGGUAGCUAUGGAAGUGGCUAUGGCUAUGGCUAUGGUUAUGGUUAUGGCUACGGAGGCUAUACAGACCCAAGAGCAGCAAAGGGCUUCAUGUUGGCCAUGGCUGCCUUUUGUUUCAUUGCCGCAUUGGUGAUCUUUGUUACCAGUGUUAUAAGAUCUGAAAUGUCCAGAACAAGAAGAUACUACUUAAGUGUGAUAAUAGUGAGUGCUAUCCUGGGCAUCAUGGUGUUUAUUGCCACAAUUGUCUAUAUAAUGGGAGUCAACCCAACUGCUCAGUCUUCUGGAUCUCUAUAUGGUUCACAAAUAUAUGCCCUCUGCAACCAAUUUUAUACACCUGCAGCUACUGGACUCUACGUGGAUCAGUAUUUGUAUCACUACUGUGUUGUGGAUCCCCAGGAGGCCAUUGCCAUUGUACUGGGGUUCAUGAUUAUUGUGGCUUUUGCUUUAAUAAUUUUCUUUGCUGUGAAAACUCGAAGAAAGAUGGACAGGUAUGACAAGUCCAAUAUUUUGUGGGACAAGGAACACAUUUAUGAUGAGCAGCCCCCCAAUGUUGAGGAGUGGGUUAAAAAUGUGUCUGCAGGCACACAGGACGUGCCUUCACCCCCAUCUGACUAUGUGGAAAGAGUUGACAGUCCCAUGGCAUACUCUUCCAAUGGCAAAGUGAAUGACAAGCGGUUUUAUCCAGAGUCUUCGUAUAAAUCCACGCCGGUUCCUGAAGUGGUUCAGGAGCUUCCAUUGACUUCGCCUGUGGAUGACUUCAGGCAGCCUCGUUACAGCAGCAGUGGUAACUUUGAGACACCUUCAAAAAGAGCACCUGCAAAGGGAAGAGCAGGAAAGUCAAAGAGAACAGAGCAAGAUCACUAUGAAACAGACUACACAACUGGCGGCGAGUCGUGUGAUGAGCUGGAGGAGGACUGGAUCAGGGAAUAUCCACCCAUCACUUCAGAUCAACAAAGACAACUGUACAAGAGAAAUUUUGACACUGGCCUACAGGAAUACAAGAGCUUACAAUCAGAACUUGAUGAGAUCAAUAAAGAACUCUCCCGUUUGGAUAAAGAAUUGGAUGACUAUAGAGAAGAAAGUGAAGAGUACAUGGCUGCUGCUGAUGAAUACAAUAGACUGAAGCAAGUGAAGGGAUCUGCAGAUUACAAAAGUAAGAAGAAUCAUUGCAAGCAGUUAAAGAGCAAAUUGUCACACAUCAAGAAGAUGGUUGGAGACUAUGAUAGACAGAAAACAUAGAAGGCUGAUGCCAAGUUGUUUGAGAAGUUAAGUAUCUGACAUCUCUGCAAUCUUCUUAGAAGGCAAAUGACUUUGGACCAUAACCCAGGAAGCCAAACCUCUGUGAGCAUCACAAAGUUUUGGUUGCUUUAAUGUCAUCGGUAUUGAAGCAUUUUAUAAAUAGCUUUUGAUAAUCAACUGGGCUGAACACUCCAAUUAAGGAUUUUAUGCUUUAAACAUUGGUUCUUGUAUUAAGAAUGAAAUACUGUUUGAGGUUUUUAAGCCUUAAAGGAAGGUUCUGGUGUGAACUAAACUUUCACACCCCAGACGAUGUCUUAAUACCUACAUGUAUUUGUUUGCAUAGGUGAUCUCAUUUAAUCCUCUCAACCACCUUUCAGAUAACUGUUGUUUAUAAUCACUUUUUUCCACGUAAGGAAACUGGGUUCCUGCAGUGAAGUCUCUGAAGUGAAACUGCCUGUUUCCUAGCACACACUUUUGGUUAAGUCUGUUUUAUGACUCCAUUAAUAGUAAAUUCCCUGGCCUUUCAUAUUUUAGCUACUAUAUAUGUGAUGAUCUACCAGCCUCCCUAUUUUUUUUCUGUUAUAUAAAUGGUUAAAAGAGGUUUUUCUUAAAUAAUAAAGAUCAUGUAAAAGUAACAAAUGUGUGAAAUUUAAAGAUUGUAAAUAUAUAUUUACUUUUUUAAGAUCAAAGUUUAAACCCAGUGGUUAGAAUUUUGUGUAUUUUUAAAUACUUUUUAUCUUUUAUGGUUUACAUGCAUUUUUUUAAAAACCAACUAGACCUUUUCAUUAUAUCAGAAUAUCUGAUUACAUUUAUAAUUCAAUUGUGACUUGAACUGUAUCUUACAGGAAUGUUCAUUUCUAUAAAUAUUUUAUAAGGUAUUAAACCUGGUGUUUUCUUUCCAUAA